AUUGACAGCGCCGUUUGUUUUGUGAGAGGAAGCGAUAUUGUCGAAGCUAGGGCAGCAGAAGGCGGAGACAGAUCAGAAACAGCAUUAUCAAUGGCCUCUUCAUCCGAUCCGUCUAACCAGCAGCCUCCUCUUUCUCGGAGACAGAACAAAGGCGUACCUUUCAAAUUCGCUGUUCCUCUGAUCUAUGCUCCUAUUCUUCCUCUCAUUCGAAUUCAGCUGAGACGGAAUCCUGUUUUGAGGGACCGUGUAUUCUUUGGUGUUUUGGCUGGUGCUUUUGUUCAUGGAGCUUACUUGGUAUCAGAACUGUAUGAUGUGGAAAGCAAAUGAUGAUGAUGCUGAUCUGGGGAUUUCACCAGUUUAGUCUUUCGUUUCUGGAGGGCUUCUUUGAUCAAGAGAGGAGGUUUGUCUUUGACAUUAAUUUUGAAUAAAAUUAAGAAAAAUGGUUACUUUCUUGAAAUCUUUGUUGAUUUUGCCAUGUUUUGUUCUUCCUAUAUUCUGAAUCAAUCAAAACACCAUGAAAGUUUGUUUCUUGUUCCUCUAUGAUGAUAACAUGAAGAACAUUUAGUAU